AUGGCCGUUAACCCCGAAUAGUAAGUUUUGGUUUGAUUUUUUGGUUGUUUACGUUUUUAGGCAUAAAAAUUGAUAAAAUUGAGGUAUUAAGUUUAGUAGCGAUGUCGUGAGUAAUACCUUGAAAUUAGAAGGUUUAAGAUGCUUCAUUUUUGAUGUUUUUGAACCUAUAACGUUGGCUGGAGUCUUGCUUAACUUUUGACGAUGUUUUUGUACUUAGAAGUAAAAGUUUUCUAGGCGUUUGAUGAUGUUUUAAUGGUAAUGACAGUUUUGAAGCACUAAAAUCAGAUAUUUUGUAAAAUAACUAAGCUUGUUAAGCCAACUCAAUUAUUUUUGUCUAAUGACGUUUUUAAAAGACUGUAAAACAUUUUCAACAGUUUUAAAGUCUUAAAUAGGUCAACAUACGUUUCUGUAACGAGUUAUAUUAUGAUAUACAUCUAUAAAUUUUAUUGAUUUUGACGAUUACGAAAUUUAAAGAUGGAUGGCGUAUGAUUACAUGAAUAAUUAAGAAUUUUUGGGAAAAGAAAAAUAAUAUUAUUUACCAUCAGUUUUGUAAUCAAUAUUCAACGUGACUUCGAUGUAACACGUGAUUUUUUGUCAAUAAUGUUGAGUUAGGUGCAGAUUUAGGUCGUUGGGUAUGAAAAGGUGGUAUUCUGCAGUUAUUUUUGAAAAUUAAUUCUAGUUAUAUCGGAAAUGUUUGUUUGCAUAUAUUUUUUGUUAAUUAGGAGGUUAGUUAAUGUUUAGAACGGCAUAAGUUUGUAGUAUAGAUUGGAUAAUGAUGACAAUGUUCUAAUAAAAUUAUUUUUCAGUGACUACUUGUUCAAAUUGUUGUUGAUUGGUGAUUCGGGAGUAGGAAAGUCUUGUUUGUUGUUGAGAUUUGCUGAUGACACUUACACUGAGUCUUACAUUUCCACCAUCGGAGUAGAUUUCGUAAGUUUAUGUCUUAUUAUUGAUAUUUUAGAGUAUUUUCUUUAUAUUUACAUUGGUUUAGAUGUUAGCAAAUUUUUUAUUUUUGUUGGUAUAAUAUGGCGUAUUUUACCUUAAUUAACAUUCGCGUUCUUUCAGAAAAUCCGCACGAUCGAAUUGGAAGGCAAAACCAUCAAACUUCAAAUUUGGGACACGGCUGGCCAAGAACGCUUCAGAACGAUCACUUCAUCCUACUACCGUGGCGCGCACGGUAUCAUCGUAGUCUACGACAUCACCGACCAGGACACAUUCAACAACGUAAAGCAAUGGCUGCAGGAAAUCGACCGGUAUGCCAACGAAUCUGUGAACAAGUUGUUGGUCGGAAACAAGUCUGAUCUCCAGCCCAAACGUGCUGUCGAAACCGCCGUUGCUCAGGUAUGUUUAGUUAAAUGCUUUUGUAUAUUUAUAAGGGUUUUACGGAUCGGUUUAAUUUUUUUAGUAUAAUAUAUGUUGAUUUUUAUCAAAAAAUGUUAACUUAGAUUUUUUAAAUUUUUUAAAAUGGUAAAGCAGGAAUGUUGUCUGUUAAUGUCAGAAACGAUAAAAUUAAGCUUGUUUUUAGUGUUUCGAAACCUAUAUUUUCAUUUUUUCAGGAAUACGCUGAUCAACUUCAAAUACCUUUCCUCGAAACCUCCGCAAAGUCAUCUACUAACGUCGAACAGGUAAUUUUUGAGCAUUAUUUUCUUAUAGUUUAGGUAUCAAUAUUGGAAAGGGAGCAAUUAUAAACGAAUUUAUCGUUUUACUCAAGGCUUUUUUAACUGAAAAUGUGCCUAAAAGAGAUUUUGAAUGGAAAACUUGAUGUUUUAUUGUAAAUCAUCAAAUUUUGAUGUUAAUAUAACUGUUUUCUUUAUCAUGACGAUUUAAAGAAUGAAGUUUAUGUUAAGUUUUUCAAUCUUUUACAUUUUUUGUUAAUGAAUACUUGAGUGAAGUAAGAUUUGGGCAAAGAAAUUGAGGAACUGGUUUUAUUUUAGUUAAAAGACUGUGUUAAAACGUCAUUUUCUGACUGGUUGGAAUGUUGAAGCUUUAUUCUCUUUUUCACCAUUUUUUACUGUUUUUAUCUAAAUUAAUCAAAAACCCCAUGAGGUUUUUCAUUUUUGGAGAUAGGGAGCAUAGAAUUAUUUGAGCAACCUAAUAUUUUAUUUAAAAUGCUUUUAAAAUUUUAAUGUACUAAACUCACGCCUUUAAGGCUUUCAUCACGAUGGCAACCGAGAUCAAGAACCGAAUGGGACCGCUACAACAAGGCGGUGCCAACCCAUCAGCCGUCCGCAUCGGACCUAGUCAAUCAGUCCAAGACAAGAAGUCGGGCGGUUGCUGUUAA